AUGUUACCAAUAAAUUGUGUUGUUUUUGAUGUUGGUGGUGUUCUUAUACCAUCACCUCCAGAAAUUUGGAGAAAAGAUGAAUUAUCUACUAAUAUAAAAAGUGAUAAUAUUUUGAAAACAUUAUUAUCACAUAAUGUUGUUGAGUUAUUUCAUAAUCUUGAGAAAGGUUUAAUAACAACAGAAGAUUUUGAUCCAUUAUUUACUCAUUUUUAUAAUAUUCAACAUCCAACUGAAAAGAUUGAUGGAAUUGGACAUAUUUUUGGUAUUAAAAAUAGUAAACCAAUAAAAAUAAAUGACAAAUUUAGAAUAGCAAUACAAGUAUUAAAAUCAAAAGGAAUAAAAGUUGGUAUAUUAACAAAUAACUUUUAUUAUGAUCGUUCCAGACAAAGUGAAACAUUACCAAUAGUAAAGAAUGAUCUCAAAUUAUUUGAUUAUAUUUUUGAAUCAUGUAAAUUAGGUAUGAGAAAACCUGAAAAAGAAAUUUAUGAAUAUAUUUUAAAAGAGAUGAAAUUUAAAGGAAAUGAAGUAAUUUUUAUUGAUGAUUUAGGAAGAAAUUUAAAAAGUUGUAAAGAAUCUACAGGAAUGAUUACAAUAAAAUGUGAAGAUAUUGAUAAAACAAUAUUAAAAAUGGAAGAAAUUUUAAAAAUGAAUUUAAGAAACUAUACUCCUGGAGUUGUAAAUAUUGAUAAAAAUAAUAUGUUAGAUACAAAUAUUCUUUUACCAUAUUUACAAAAUUUAUUUAAAAUAAAUACAAAUAAUUUAGAUAUAUUAAAGUUUUCACAUGGACAAUCUAAUCCAACAUACUAUUUACGUUUUGGUGAAAAAGAAUUGGUACUAAGAAAGAAACCAUCAGGUAAAUUAUUACCUAAAGCACAUAUGAUAGAAAGAGAAUAUAAAAUAUUAAGUCUUUUACAAGGAAAAUUGCCAUUACCAAAAGUUUAUGUAUAUGAGGAAAAUUUACUUGAUUCACCAUUUUAUUUAAUGGAAUAUGUUAGAGGAAGACUUUUUGUUGAUCCUAACUUACCAAAUCUUUCACCAAAAGAUAGAAAAGAAAUUUAUGAAGAAAUGAUAGAAACAUUAAAAAAAGUUCAUAGUAUUGAUGUCAAUAUAAAGGAAUUUGAAGAUUUUGGAUCUAAAGAAAAAAAUUAUAUGAUUAGAAUAUUAGAAAGAUGGAAGAAAAAUUAUGAAUUAGCAAAUGGUUGUAAAGAUAAAAAUAAUGAGGUACAAAUACUUUUAAAAUGGAUUGAAUCUAAUAUUCCAUCUCAAGAUAGAGUAACACUUGUUCAUUCUGAUUUUAGAUUGGAUAAUUUAAUCUUCCAUCCAACUAAAAAUAAAAUUAUUGCAAUUUUAGAUUGGGAAAUGAGUACAAUAGGUGAUCCAUUAUCUGAUUUAGCAACAUGUGCCUUUGCACAUUACAAUAGUUUUCAAAUGACUGGUGGUUUAAAUUUAAAACUUCCUCAAAUGAUGCGUGAUGCACUUCCUGGAUUGAAUGAAGAAUGUAGUUUUCAUACAAAUGGUAUUCCAAAUAUUGAUGAAUUGUUGAAAUGUUAUGAUAAAUCAUUAGUAAGCACUGACAAAAAAUGGUUAUUUUAUAUUUCAUUUGUUUGUUUCCGUUUUGCUGCUAUAUCUCAAGGUAUCUAUACAAGAUCUAAGCAAGGACAGGCUAGUUCUCCAUUAGCUGAAGGUUUCUCAUCCGCUCCAAGUCUCAUUAGUUCAUUUGCUCUUAAAAUUAUUAAAGAUAGUAAAAAAUUAGAAGGUAAAGAAAAAGUAGGUAUUUUUCCAACAUCAAUUGAAGGUUUAUCUCCAAGAAGUAGAGAUAUCUAUGAAAAGGUAAAAUCAUUUGUUUUUAAUAAAAUAAUUCCUAUUGAAAAAGAACUUACUCAACAUUCAAUUGGUCAAAAUCAAUGGGAAAUAAAUCCUACAAUUGAAAAACUUCGUAAUGAAGCAAAAGAGAUGGGUUUAUGGAAUUUAUUUAUUACAAAAAAUAUUGAUCCAACAUCUAAAUAUGGAAAAGGUUUGACAAAUGUUGAGUAUGCUCAUAUAUGUGAAAUAAUGGGAAUGUCACCAUUUGCACCUGAAAUUUUUAAUUGUAAUGCUCCAGAUACAGGAAAUAUGGAAGUAUUAAUUAAGUAUGGAUCAGAUGAACAAAAAAAAGAAUGGCUUAUUCCAUUAUUGGAAGGAAAAAUUAAGUCAUGUUUUGCAAUGACAGAACCAGAUGUUGCCUCAUCAGAUGCCACAAAUAUUCAAAGUUUUAUUAUUAAAGAUGGUAAUGGAAAUUAUAUUUUAAAUGGUAGGAAAUGGUUUACAACAGGAGUAUUACAUCCACAAUGUAAAGUAUGUAUUUUUAUGGGACGUCUUUCUGGAUGGGAAAAGAGAAGAAGACACCUUCAACAGUCAAUGAUUCUUGUACCAAUGAAUACAAAAGGAAUUCAUAUUAUUAGACCUCUAAUGGUCUUUGGAAGUCUUGAUGCUCCAUCAGGACAUGGUGAGGUUGUCUUUGAAAAUGUUAUUGUAAAUGAAAAAAAUAUGAUACUUGGAGAAGGAAGAGGUUUUGAUAUUGCUCAGGGAAGAUUAGGACCAGGAAGAAUUCAUCACUGUAUGCGUUUAAUAGGUCAUGCUGAAAGAAGUUUACAAUUAAUGAAAGAUAGAAUUAGAUAUAGAAAGGUAUUUGGAAAAACAUUAGAUAAUCAUGAUAUGAUAAAAAAAGAUAUAGCAAUGUCAAAAAUUGAAAUUGAAUCAGGACGUUUAUUGGUAUUAAAAGCUGCUAACAUGAUUGACAUUUUAGGAUCAAAAAAAUCAUUAAAAGAAAUAGCAAUGAUUAAAAUUGCUACACCUAAAAUUGCAUUGAAUGUUAUUGAUAGGGCUAUACAAGCUUAUGGUGGAAUGGGACUUACAGAAGAUACACCUCUUAGUUUUUUCUAUAUAAGUGCUAGGUCAUUACGUUUAGCUGAUGGUCCAGAUGAAGUUCAUUUGAUGUCAUUAGCUAAACAGGAAUUAUUUUCUAAAAUAUAA